AUGGUGACCCGACAUGCCACCACUUCUUGGGUGUCCCCGUGGACACACGUGAUGGCCAGUGGCGGUGGCUUAUUGUGUCCUGCUCCAAUAGUCACAGUUAUUGUUUCUGUAGGAGGAUAUAAAGCAGUGAUCCUAAACAAGACAUCUGGAAAUAUCACACGAAUGUGCUGGAUUACUAAUCCUUACAUUCACUACAUAGUGAACAUUGGCUACUAUGCUUUAGUUUUCAUCUUCACAAUAGGAAUCUUCAUCACUAUCUUAACUAGGAUUGUUCAGGCCAGAAACAUAAAAGGGACUGACAGCAAGAGAAAGAUGUUCAGAAAGCAGCUGAUGAUGGUGUUGAGUUUGUUCCUGCUCUUUGGUCUGACGUGGUCUGUGGCGUUCUUCAGUUAUGGACCGAUGCACAUUACCUUAUAUUACAUAUUCACUGUGCUGAACUCGUUUCAGGGUUUUUUCCUCUUCCUGUAUUACUACCACAUUCGCAAUGACCUCGCGGGUCAUUUCUCCGAUGAUCCAGAAAGCAGUGACACCACUACAAUCAUCUCUCAAUCCAGCAUUAAUGCUGUGUAUGAAAAUAUUCAUAACUAGCAUA